GAACUACAAGCUAGCUGUCAACCGGUGUCCGUCCUCCUAAAGCUUCCCGCGGAUGACGGAACUAGCCGCUCGGGCUAAAACGACGUGACUUUCCUAUUCAAAGGCCCCGAAAUGCCUCGCAUUGAGAAUGACAUCAAGCUGGACUUCAAGGACGUGCUCCUCCGUCCAAAGCGAAGCACCCUCAAGUCAAGGAGCGAGGUGGACCUGACGAGGAGCUACACCUUCAGGAACUCCAAGGGCACGUACAAAGGGAUCCCCAUCAUCGCCGCCAACAUGGACACCGUGGGGACCUUUGAGAUGGCGCAGGCAUUGCACAAAUUCACUCUCUUCACCACGGUUCACAAACAUUACUCCGUGGAUGACUGGGUGGAGUUUGCGAAAAAGAAUCCCGACUGCCUGAGGAAUGUAGCGGUCAGCACCGGGACCGGGGAAGGUGACUUUGACCGGAUUUCGGCCAUCGUGGCGGCGGUGCCACAGCUGCAGUACCUCUGUGUGGACGUGGCCAACGGCUACUCCGAGCACUUUGUCCACUUCGUCAAAGACGUCAGGGAGAAGUUCCCCACUCACACGAUCAUGGCAGGAAACGUGGUGACAGGGGAGAUGGUGGAGGAGCUGAUUCUGGCCGGAGCCGACAUCAUCAAAGUUGGCAUCGGACCAGGCUCCGUGUGCACCACCCGCAAGAAGACGGGGGUGGGGUACCCGCAGCUCAGCGCCGUGAUCGAGUGCGCCGACGCGGCGCACGGCCUGGGGGGCCACAUCAUCUCCGACGGGGGCUGCACCUGCCCGGGAGACGUCUCCAAGGCUUUCGGCGCCGGGGCGGACUUCGUGAUGCUGGGCGGCAUGUUGGCCGGCCACUCGGAGAGCGGUGGGGAGGUCAUCGAGAAGAGCGGCAAGAAGUACAAGCUGUUCUACGGCAUGAGCUCCGACACGGCGAUGCAGAAACACGCAGGGGGCGUGGCCGACUACAGAGCCUCGGAGGGGAAGACAGUGGAAGUCCCUUACAAAGGCCCGGUGGAGGGGACGAUACGAGACGUCCUGGGCGGGGUCCGCUCCUCCUGCACCUACGUCGGCGCGGGCAAACUGAAGGAGCUGAGCCGCAGGACCACCUUCAUCAGGGUCACCCAGCAGCUCAACACCGUCUUCGGCAACGACGGCUGAAGGUCCCUCGGACGCAGCGCCAGCAAGGAGGGAACAGACAUGACUAUUGAUGCUUUAGGCUACUUUUACCAUUUUAGUGAGCUUUUACUGUUAAAUCUGUGGUCUGAUGCAAUUUCAUUUGAUUGGGUUUUGAGUUCCCUCACAUAUUCUUUGUAACUUGAGACUCCAACAUUAGAUUUUUUCAGGGGUCAGAGUGGUUCUGGAUGGCAAAGAGCUAAACUAGAGAAGUUUGUCUCUUUGCACUUGUAUGCACAUCUGCCGCUUUCUGUCAGUACACACGACAUGCCGUGAUUCUGCUGUAAGCCACCGCCAAACACACAUUACAAAUAACACUAAUGACUUAAUUUGAAAAUGAAUCUUUUUAGAAAUUCAACAAUUCCAUCGCUUUCUACAUUUUUGCACUUGGACGUCUAAUAUUUAGUUUAUUUUAUCGUUUCAUACAUAUGUUAUGGAACUAAGUAGGUGAAUUAUAUUUUGAGAUUGUUUUUAAAUGGACCAGAACAUACCGAGUGCAGAACACGGCAAUAAAGUGCUGAAUUACUCACUCAAGUGUUGUUCAACAUGAAGAAACAAGCAGAAUUCCUCUUCUCUGGUUCCAGCUGCUCCAGUUCAGGACCAACGUUAACAAUGUGUGCAUUUAAAUGAAUGUGAUUCUUUGUAUUCCUUUAAAUUAAGCGGUUGUUCCUUGGAGGCUUUGAACGAUGAGCACUGGUCUCACUUCACACACAGUCUUUAGACUUUCUCGCAUGAACUCCUUCGUUUCAUUUUCGUUACAGCUUUUAUAUUGACAUGUUUAAAAAGGUCAAUAAAAACAAACAUUCUACAAUUGUA